AUGCUCUUCUCGGCUCAAAGAGAGGAGGGUCGUUGCUCCAGACCCAUGAGGGAGCCAGGCCAUCUCGAUGCCUGGUUUUGUGGAUCAGGCAAUUGUUUGUCCCUAAUCCCCAUACCUGGGAUAUUUGUUAUAAGACUUUUCCACGCUUGCCUCGUUGGCAAAUCCAAGGAUGGCAAGUACUUAGCACUCUGGAUUGGCCUCGUAUGCCUCGUUUGCCUGGGGUGUUUCUUCAGCCUGGAACGGACUCCCACCUGGAUCGUGGUCUCCUUGACCACCAUCUUCACACCUGUGAACUACUUCGUGGGGUCAGGCUACACUGAGGUGGACUCUGCACCCACACACCAGGGCGUCUUCUCGCAUGAGAAGGUGGUGGAGGGCCACAGAUAUCGAGACCUUCGGGAACGGAAUUUGGGCAUGUUCUUUGCCGGAGAGGUGUGGCGCCUGCAGCGCAACGUGACCGUUCUGGAGCUGGGCUGUGGCAACGGACAAGUGACCUACAAUCUCAACACGGUGCCGGGCGUGAAGUGCUUAGGCCUUGAUGGCUACAAAGGCAUCCAGAGCUUGGGCUCCAAUUACCAGCAGUGGAACCUGGAAGAGUUCUACCCUCUUCCGGACGUGGAUUAUGUGAUCUCCUUCGAGGUCGCGGAGCACAUCUCCCCCAAGUUCGAGCACAAUUUUAUUGAGACCUUAGUGCAAGCAAAGGUGGGAAUUCUGCUUUCUUGGGCCUACAUUGGUCAAGGAGGUCAUGGCCACGUGAACGAGCACUCGCAGAGCUAUCUCAUUCGCCACAUUGGGCGUGAAGGCUUCGUCUACUGCCCCUCUCUGUCACAUCAGUUGGCACAAGGAUUUGGCCGAGGCUUUUUCCAUGAGUGGGAGUACCGAAAUUUGUUGGUCUUCUUCAACGAGAAGGCCUUCCAAUCUGUGAGUUGCGAUCUGCCCCUGCGCGACUUUGCAAGGGCAGAGGCGCUGGCCUUGCUUCUACUGGCUGCGUUGCUCCUCUAUGUGUUGCGGGAGGUCCUUUGUCCAUGUGUCAAAGGCUUGAGAUUCAGUCGAACUGGAUGGACUGGAGGCAAGAUCAUGGCAGACUGA